AUGGAGCAGGAAAAGGUCACAAACGACCAUCCGGGCGGUGUAAGGAAGUCGGUAGCAUCUGGCGCAAGGCGUCGCUCGAGUCUGCUCGACGUCCGAGACGAUGAUCUGAUCAACGCCUCUGGCCAUAAACAAGAACUCGACCGCCUCUUCAGCUCCUUCAGCAUUAUUUCGACAGCCAUCACCACCGGCAAUGUCUGGAUAGCUCUGGCCGGGACUAUCGCCGUGGCCAUCUUCAACGGCGGGCCCACCGGCAUAAUCUACGAAUUCAUCGUCGUCUCCGUCUUCUACUGGUUCAUCGCAGCCAGCGUCGCCGAACUCGCGUCCGCCAUUCCUUCCUCUGCGGGAGUCUAUCACUGGGCCACGGUCACUGCUGGUCCACGCUAUGGACGUAUAUGCGGAUACUUGGCAGGAUGGUGGAACUUCUUUGCCUGGAUCUUCGCCACGGCCGUGACUCUGCAGAUCACGGCAGCCAUUAUCAUCACCAUGGCCCAGCUCAACGCUUCGAAUUACGAGUACCAGCGAUGGCAGGUCUUUGUGGUCUUCCUGUUCUGUGCCUGGCUUUUCGCGGCGGUGGUGCUCUUCUUCAACAAGGCCAUUCCCCUGCUGGAGCAAAUUGGUGGCUUCUUCAUCAUUGCCGGCUUUUUGAUCACGGUGAUUGUUUCAGCGGUCAUGCCUCAUGUGCAGCAUAGGGAAUAUGCCACUUCUCAUCAGGUGUGGGACGAGUUCACCAAUUUGACGGGAUACAGUAGUUCGGGGUUUGCGUUUCUGCUCGGAAUGCUGAACGGGGCGUUUGCUGUCGGAGUGCCUGACCUCACGAGUCAUUUGGCAGAAGAAAUGCAAAAUCCAAGCAGGAACAUUCCGAUGGCAGUGCUCUGGCAAUAUAUUGUCGGCUUCCUCACCGGCCUGCUCUUUCUUAUUGCAGUCCUCUACGGCCUCACCGACCUCGACAGCCUCUUUGACACGGGCUACGUCUUCCCGCUCGGCGAAAUCUACCGACAAGGCACGGGGACUAGCGCUGGCGCCAUUGGAUUGCUGUUCCUUGUUCUCGCACCUACGACAAUUGCGUGCAUGGGAUGUUAUUUGACAGCCUCGAGAAUUUUCUGGACUCUGGCCCGUGACCGCGCCACCCCCUUCGCCGGCUUCUUCUCCAAGGUCUCUCCGCGUCUCAAAGUCCCUGCAAACUCGAUUGUUUUGUGUGCGGUCAUUUGCACCGUUCUCGGAUGCAUCUACGUAGGAAACCUCACGGCCUUCAACGCCUUCACCAGUUCUUACAUCGUCCUCUCGAUGGCUUCCUACCUCUCAGCGAUACUGCCGAAUCUGCUAUGCAGACGAACGAAAGUUGUGCCAGGCCCGUUCUGGAUGCCCGGCGCGAUCGGCCUCGUCGUCAAUGCCGUAUCGUGUCUCUUCAUGAUGGCCUUUAUUGUUAUUUUCUGCUUUCCGUUCGCCAUGCCCGUCGACGCCGAGACGAUGAACUACACGUGCGUCAUCUUCGGCGGGCUGACCAUCAUCAUGGGCGCUUUCUACCUGCUUCUGCGGAGACAAUACGACGGGCCGCAGGUGAUUAUGCUGGGCAGGAACGUGGAGAUGACGGCGCAGGAAUACAGAAACUCGAUGGCCGCGUGA